AUGAAGACUGAGCAAAGUUGUGUGGAGACACCGGCCACUCUCCGGGGGGCCAAAGAUCUGCUCCAAAAGCUAGCGCCCGGCGAAGAGGUUGCCCUGGAGAAGCAAGUCGACAGCAAAUACGUCGAUUUGGAGUUAAUGGACGUGAACACAUGCGGGGUAAAACCGGAGAAAGACUGUCCCUUUGGUGAAAAAGACCAAAUGUCUGUCCUUUUUAACAGUAGCGGCACCGGAGCUCUGCGCGCACCGGCACCAAACCACGAGCUGGCCAUUACUGGCGAGACUGAAACUAAACAGAAAGGGGGUUCGGAAAUUGGGAAUUGUGCAGAAGAUGUCAAGGAGAGGCCCUCUGAUCCAUCCUCGUCAUCAGAUCGUCCUUAUCUUCACGCAAAGUCAGACAAUUGCCUCAAAUCAGGAGACAAAAUCGAACCCGCCGUAACGCAGCCCGGGGUGCCAAAUAAAGAAGACAACAAAGCCACACCCAGAGACCAGGAAUUACACUGUAGUGAUAAUUAUCUGAGCGGGAGAAGUGAGUCGGAUGAUUAUGAGGAAGAUGAUGAUGUUAGUUUGGUGCUUUCCGACGACUCCGUCCCGUGCGUAACGGAGGAUGAGUCCCAUUACAUUACCACGCACGAGAUCCAGCUCUCGGAGCUUUCUGACCAUGAGGGGGACUACGACGUGGGCUCCUCCGCCAGCUGGGACAUUGAGGACGACAACCAGGUGUACUCUUUUGUCGAUUAUGCUUCUUUUGGCGGUGAUGGAGCGGCGCAGGAGAGGGGGGACCGGGGCGCAGCAGCAGCAGCAGCAGCAGUCAGCACUCUGCUUGAAAGUGAUCUGUGCGAUGCGGCCAAGUUCACCAGCUCAGAUGAGAGUGUGUUAAAGUCCCAGCAGCAGUGCAGUGGCAACAGUGCGGGACAGAUCCACCUGUCAAUCAGAACCACUUCUCGAGCUAUAAAUGACCCUAGCAACAUCCAAGAGCAGGGAAAUAUUCUUUAUCAUGCCAGGCGCUCUGGAGACAUGAGUCGCUAUGUGUUUAGGGGAGUUGAUGGGAAGGCAGAGACGUUGUGUGACAGGGCAAAGUGUUUCAUAGCUGCGCCCGGACGCUUGCACUUUGGCCGCAAAUUGAGGGGUAAAGAGGUCACCGGGUGUUCCAGCGGUGCGUCCAGCGCUGUCAGCGAGCUGGACGACGCUGACAAGGAGGUGCGCAACCUGACAGCCAGAACCUUCAAGAGCCUGGCUUAUCCUUACUUUGAUGCCAUUAAUUUCAGCGCAUCAAGUGAGUCCUCUGCAUCAGAGCAUGGGAUAGGGAUAAACAGAUGGUCCACGUUUGUCGACCUGAAAUAUGGCAAUAUGAAUAUGUCACAGGGACUGGACCAACGUUUUGUUUCCCAUAAAAACUCAACGGCCUCAUUUGAAAUAGCCAAAAAUAUAGACAAUAGAGGUUAUAAGGACAUUACACUGGCAAGCAUCAAACCGCCCACCAGCAAGAUCUUCACUCUGAAUGGGAAUCCCCACAGCGCAUCGACAUCUACAAAGAAAAUAGAGCUGAUGGGGAAAUUCAGUCAGGGCCAGAGUGGGGUCAUUAGACUAACAGAGACUCUGAAUUUUCGUUGCAAUGUCAAAUCGGGAAUGUCUGGGGGAGAAAGGCGCACCAACUUUGCACAAAACGCCACAGGAUCACGUUCCACAGAUGAAGUUACAGUUAACAGUUUGCCAAGCGGCCAGAGGAGAGGGGCCAGCAAGCCGCCCUGUAAAACCAUGGAAGACGCACACAAGAAAGCCAUAUUCGCCUCGAGUCUGAUCAAAAAUGUGAUUUCUAAGAAGAUGCAGUUCGAGCAGGAGCGCAAGAUGGAAAGAGGGGAGAUAAGUGAGCCGCAUCCGACGUCUUCUCCGUGCUUUGUACACCAGGAGAGCGACAGCCACGGGGGGAAUAGGAGCCGGGAGCUGCACAGACAGAGCUCCAAGUUUUCCGAGAGCAGCUCUGACUACGCCAUAAUGUGCGUGGAUGAAUUAGGGGACAUCGUGGACAGCGGCUCAUGUGAUACCAAGAGCGACUCUCGGAGAGGAGACACGGCCGCCCCCGCAUCAGAAACUAAUUUGGAACAGGCAAAUGAAGCUGGAAUCAAUACUAAAAAAGGCACAUUGGAAGCGUCUAAAAGCACGCUGCUUCGCAGCCAAAAUAGCGCGUUCAGAUGCUGGAAGGACGAGGAGCUAGAGUUUCAAAAGGAUCAUAAAAACGAUGAAACUCUGGAGGGGAAGUCGCCUUCAGCUAACGACAAAGAGAGCGAGGGGGAUCAGUACUCAUCGGGCAGAGACAAACUGACUAAAAUGUCACAUUUGUUUGUGCCAAGCAUCCAACUGCUGGCCAGUGACGGAGAAGUCGGACAGCAGCUGCAGAACAGCAACUAUUCCCCAUGUGGAGAUGGAGGAGGGACACAACUGCGCUCCGACAACACUUUAUACAUCGAAGACUCCAGAAGGGUGGCUACAUCUAAAUCCCCGGAAAUUAAAAUUAACUUAAGGAGCGUCAGAGACAAUAAAAAGGAGCCUUUUGGCGUCUCCAAACUGCGCGCUCCUAAUAUAGGCUGUAACACAGCCAGCCUCAUCAGAACAGAUGACUUCAAAUGCCAGGCGCUGACUGCAGCUUUAAAGGGUGAGUCUUCAGAUAAAGUGCCGCAUUUCAUGGUUAGAGACAUUAGAGAUCACAAAGGGAAGCUGCAGACGCCCAUACACCAAGUCAGAGAUGUGCGCAAACUUGUGAAAAGCUCCUAUCACUUUGUUUCUUUGGAUAACAACGAAAAUAAAACCAACGUUGCCUCUGCUGACAGCCAUUCAGAGCAAAAGAAGCAAAUGCCCUAUCGAAAUCCCAAUUCCGUGUCCCCUAUAGUGAUAAAAUGUCAUUCUGUGAAUACAAACAGUAACGGAAAACAGUCUGGAAAUCUUACUGAGUUAUCUAGACGGGAGUCGUUAGACAUAGACAGAUCGUCUCCGGAGGGCACUAAAAGUGCUCCUCUGCAAAGGGCAGCAGGGAGAGCACCCAUAGGUAACUCAAAUAAUUCAUCAGAGGGAAGCAUUGGAUUGAGAACAGAAAGCAGGGUAGCUUCAAAGAAGCAAGAGAUAACAUCAGAUAUCUCAGAUAAGAAACCUGAAUCAAAGAUGGCGAACCAGGUUGCUUUGGAAAAACUCCAGGCAGCUGUGAAAACCAUGGAGCAGCUCUAUGUAUUUGAAAGAAAUGAAUGGAAGAGGAAGAAUGAGCCCCAGCGCCUGACAGACAGCCAUGUGCUUUCACUGAUAGCCAGCGAUGAACAUGGAGGACCUGAAGAGGAAGGAGCGAGAGCGUGCAACAUGGACAAGACGGUCAGAAGAGACUCCUAUCCUAACACUGACAAGACGCCACCAGCAGUAGCAGUGUCACCCGGAAAUGCCAUCCUGCUGAGGCGAGAGGACAAAAUCUUUCAGACUACCGGCAGCCGUGAUGACAGGCAGGUUGCUAAGUCACUGCAAGCCGCCAGCACCACGGGGAACAAGAACAUGUUCAACCUCAGCUCUAGCUUUAAGGCCCCCGCAACCGCAAAGACGCCCCAGCCAAACAGCGUCACACAAACACCUUUCAGCACCAAAAGCUUCACCCCAAAGUCCCCCAAAGUGCCUGUGCCCUUAAAUAUCAGCCAGAGGAAGCUUAGUGGUCAUGAGGGAGCUGAAUCAAAGGAGGUAGAGAGGUCCACGCAGGAGCUCUUUAGCGCCUCAGCUGACAACGAGAACUACCUAACCAUUCCGGUCAAGUCUCACGCCAGCAGCAACAAACAAGCCUCAUCUGCUGAACAAACAUCAGCGUACACAUGUAGCACCCAGACACACCUAACCACACCAUCAAGCCACUUGGGAUCCGGCAGCAGAGGCCAGGAAGUCCACAACCAGUCCCCUAAACGCUCCAGCAUUGUGAUGGAGACACACUCACCAGACAUCCCUCCUGCCACCAUCUACCACUCCUUUCCGUUGGGCAUGUCCACCAAUCAGCCUCAGGUGUAUUGCUUCUCCCCAGCUAUCACCCCUGCUCCCACCCUGGACCCCUUCCAGGCCACCCAGAGGAAGAUGCUCCUCGAUCCCACCACUGGAAACUAUUACAUGGUGGACACUCCGGUGCAGCCAGCCACCAAGCGCCUCUUUGACCCCGAAACAGGCCAGUAUGUGGACGUGCCUAUGCCGCAACCUCCUAUGACCCCGGUGCCCAUGCCGAUCUCACCUUUGGCCCUCAGCCCAGGAGCAUACGGACACACCUAUAUGAUCUACCCAGGCUUCAUGCCGACACCAUCCGUGAUCCCGGCCCGGACGCUGGUGCAGUCGCAGAUGUCGGUGCACUCCGAGGUGGAGAGUGGCGAGAGAGGCUCGUCGCAGCAGACUGAGGGCAUGUACAUGGAGAGUCCCUUUUACAUGGCCACUGGAAAGUCUCCCCAGGCGGCUCAACAGCAGGCCACUGCCCACAGGCCGCCACAGGGCUUCUCCAGCGUCAAGCAGCCGGUCAUCAGCAUCACCUCCCAGCAGGGGCCCAGGAUCAUAGCCCCGCCCUCCUUUGACGGGACCACCAUGAGCUUUGUGGUGGAGCACAGAUGA